AUGUCGACGAACGUCUCGUUGGCUCGGGACGCCGAGAACAGAGGGCCUGCGGCCCUCGCGGUCGUCAUAUGCGUCUCGGUUGUCAGCACGCUGUUCGCGGCCGCGAGAAUAUUCACGAGGGGAAGGAUCAUGGGGAAAGUCCGUUUGGACGACUACCUGAUUCUUGCGUCGGUGGUUUGUGGUUGGAUGAACGUCGCAACCCUCGCUGCAGCGGUAUCGUACGGCUACGGACACCACGUCGACACCCUCACGCCCGAACAAAAGUCGGGCGCCAUUCUGUGGAGUGUCGCCGGCUACCCACCCGGUCUUCUCUCAUUCGGCCUGCCGAAGCCCGCCGUCGUCGUCUUGCUCACCCGCAUCCUCAACCCCAGCAAAUGGCACAAGAGGUUCCUGUGGUUCUUGGGCAUCUUUUGUGUGACCAACCUGAUUGGCUUCAUCACCAUCAUCUUCGCGCAAUGUCAGCCGGCACGGUUUCAGUGGGACUCCUCCGUGGGCGGAACAUGCUGGGACAAGUCGGUGUUGGUGGCCUUCGCUACUUACUCUGGAGCCUUCUGCGCUUUCGCGGAUGUAUACCUCUCCAUCUAUCCGGCGGUCGUUCUUUCUAAGCUACAGAUGGAUGUUAGGAAGAAGGUGGCGCUUAGCAUUGCCCUUGGCUUUGGAUCACUUUCAUCGAUCGUUGUCAUCUACAAAUGCACAAGGUUACCGCUGCUUGCUAGCUCCGAUCCUACUUACGAUACCGUUGAACUCGUAAUUUGGACAAUCCUUGAAGGCAGCGUCAUCAUCAUCGCAGCCUGCGUCCCCGUCCUCCAACCCCUCGCCGAGCUCGCCUUUGGCAAGCGCAUCUUCUCUUCCGGCAGCCGUCGCUACACGCACCAAAACUCGGGACCCGGAACCGUCGGCAGACUGAGAUCGAGCAUGAGGGCCUUCAGCCGUCAGACGACCGACAAGACGCAGAGCGAGAGCGGAUCAAAGAGCUUCAAGAGCGUGGUGCAGACGACCAUUGUCACCAAGGGGAGCCAGGAGAGCAUACUGGAGAAGUACGACUCGGACGGGAAGAUUGUGAGGACCGAUGCCUUCACUGUCACUGUAGAGUCAAGUAAGGAUUAG